AACGCAGCCAGCAGCAACGUGUGCUCGCUCACCUCUCUUCUCUUCUCUUCCACGGCGACCCCAGCGGCGCCGGUCCAACCAGAAAGGCGGGGGCAUGGGUGGGGUGCCGCGCGCCAAAAGCUCACCGCCGCCGGUGGGCCCGCCACUCCACUCGCCGCGCCCCUCCCGCCACGUGCCCCGUCCCCCGCGCCGGUGACGUGGCCCUCACCACCUCCAUGUCCAUGUGCCAUGGCCUCCCCCUCCUUUAUAUACCCCUCCAACCUCCCACAUCCCCUUCGAUCUUCUCAUACCCGAUCGAUCACCACCUCCACCAUCCCAUCCCGCUCGACCGAGCUCUCGCCAACCACCUCCACCUCCACCACUCUCGUUCGUCUCGCCGUCAGAUUUCCACUCGCUCUUUCUCUUUGUCGUCAGCGUCGAUCGUCUCUGCUGGUCCAUAUCGAUCGUGUGGUGUCGAGCAAAAUUAAGUUCGAGCCACGACCGCGAUGCCUCCGAACGGGCAGAGCGUGCAUGGCGGCGGCGGCGGCGGCGGCUUAGUCUCGCCCACGGCCGCGCCGGCGCCGUCGUCCAAGAUGGACUGCUUCCUCACGUCCGUCUGCACGCCGCUGAAUCUCCAGUUCAUCGACGUCGCGUACCGCGUCAAGGUGGAGAGGACGGCGGGGCCGGCGAAGGAGCCACCGGGAAGGAUAUCGCACUCGGGUGGUGGUGGUGGUGGCCUCGGCGGCGUGUCGGCGGCUGUUGAGGAGAGGACGAUACUCAAGGGGAUCACCGGCGAGGCGCGGCCCGGGGAGGUCCUGGCCGUGCUAGGCCCGUCCGGCAGCGGCAAGUCGACGCUCCUGUCCAUCCUCGGUGGCCGCCUCGCCGGCCGCUACUCGGGCACGGUCCUGACCGGCGGCCGCGCCCCGUGCCGCGCCGUGCAGCGCCGCACGGGAUUCGUCGCCCAGGACGACAUCCUCCACCCGCACCUCACCGUCCGCGAGACCCUCGCCUUCUGCGCCAUGCUGCGGCUCCCCACCUCCGCCCCGACCUCCGCCAAGCUGGCCGCCGCCGACGCCGUGAUCGCGGAGCUGGGCCUCGGCGCCUGCGCCGACACCAUCGUGGGCAACGCGUUCGUGCGCGGCGUGUCCGGCGGCGAGCGGAAGCGCGUGAGCAUCGGGCACGAGCUGCUGGUGAACCCGAGCCUGCUGGUCCUCGACGAGCCCACCUCCGGGCUGGACUCCACCGCCGCGUCCCGGCUGGUGGCCACGCUGUCGGCGCUGGCGCGCAGGGGGCGCACGGUGGUGCUGUCCGUGCACCAGCCGUCCAGCCGCGUGUACCGGGCGUUCGACUCCGUGCUGCUGCUCUCCGAGGGGAGCUGCAUGUACCACGGCCCCGGCCGCGACGCCAUGGACUACUUCGCCUCCGUCGGCUUCGCGCCGGGCUUCCACGUCAACCCGGCCGACUUCAUGCUCGACCUCGCUAAUGGCUUUGCGCAAGCGGAGUACAGCGAUCGCGCGGCGGAGGGAGUCAGCGUCAAGCAGUCGCUGAUCGCGUCCUACGCCAGGGAGCUCGCCCCCAAGGUAAAGGCCGCCAUCGGCGCCGGCGCGCACGUCGAGAAUGGUCACGCCGGCGGCGGCGCGGGCGAGCAGCCGCUGGAGAGCUGCAGCGGGUCUGGGUGCACCAGCUGGACCAACCAGUUCACCAUCCUGCUCCGGCGCAGCCUCAAGGAGCGCCGCCACGAGACCUUCACGUCGCUCCGCCUCUUCCAGAUCAUCGCGCCGGCGCUGGUGGCGGGGGCCAUGUGGUGGCGCUCCACGCCGCUGGAGGUGCAGGACCGGAUGGGCCUCCUCUUCUUCAUCUCCAUCUUCUGGGGCGUCUUCGCCUCCUUCAACGCCGUCUUCGCCUUCCCGCAGGAGCGCCCCGUCCUCGCCCGCGAGCGCGCCUCCGGCAUGUACUCCCUCUCCUCCUACUUCAUGGCCAGGAUGGCCGGCGACCUGCCCAUGGAGCUCGCGCUGCCCGCCGCCUUCACCGUCAUCGUCUACCUCAUGGCGGGGCUCAACCCGGCGCCCGCAGCGUUCGCGCUCACGCUCGUCGUGAUCCUCUCCUACGUGCUCGUCGCCGAGGGGCUCGGGCUCGCCAUCGGCGCCCUCAUGAUGGACGCCAAGCGCGCCUCCACGCUCGCCACCGUCAUCAUGCUCGCCUACCUCCUCACCGGCGGCUUCUACGUCCACAACGUGCCGAUCUUCAUGAUCUGGGCCAAGUACUCCUCCUUCACCUACUACUGCUACCGCCUGCUCAUCGCCGUGCAGUACAGCGGGCACCUCGCCCAGCUGCUCCCGCUCGAGUCCACGCACGGCGAGGCCGGCACGUGGACCUGCGUCGCCGCCCUCGUCGCCAUGUUCUUCGGCUACCGCCUGCUGGCAUACUUCGCCCUGCGCCGGGUCAGGACGUGAUCCACACCGCAGCCGUAGCAGGUGUAGCAGGUGUCGAUCGAUUAACCAUUCCGACCAGGUCGCAUGAUAUAUAAGCAACGGACGCCGGCGAACGCGCGCGCGCGGGCACGGCGACUGAAUUGAACUGACCCGUGCGUGACGCCCGACGUCGGCGUCGGGGAAGAUGCUCCACGUACGGGGUGCUGGACUGACGAAAGGGAUGUAGUUGUCGGUAACCAGGUCUUCUUAUUCUUCUUGAUAUUUGUUCCCCCUUUCUGUUGGUUGGUUUCGUUUCUUGCUGGAUCAACAAGUCUCUUCCGGCAGGCCAAUUACGAUUAACCUGGUGUAAUGUUAUUCCUCUCUCUAAUCAGAUCGAUUCAUUACAAUCAUUAUCGAUGAUGAAUGUGUGAGAGAAUGCAAAUUGCUCCCUUUGGGACAUACAAGCGCAGAUCGGUCCAAAUUAAUGUGAUGCUGAAUCUGAGAUCCCUCACUCCUCAGUGGAGUACAGUUAUUAUA